AUGUUGCUACAGGCCGAGGGGAUAAGGAUGAAUUGCACAAUGGAUGAUAUGAACUUGAUUCAGCAAGCACAGAGGCAUCAUUUGGUGGUCAGAGAGCUUGGAGAGGAGAUUGAUUUGGAAAUUGGUCAUGGAGAUGAUGACCCUUCAUUUGCUACCACUCCUGUGAUGGUUGGUCCACCACAAGAACAUUCUGCUGAGGACAAUGAUGAAGUCAAGAAUAUGAUGGCUUCUUCUCAACUUUCAAACGAAGAGCAAGAUACAUCAAAGACACAACCAGUAAAAAGAAAGAAGAAGGUGGUCAAAAGAUGGAGAGAGGAAUGGGCAGAUACCUACAAGUGGGCAUAUGUGGAUGUGAAAGAAGGAACUGCGAGGAUAUUCUGCUCUGUUUGUAGAGAGUAUGGGAGGAAGCAUCGAAGGAAUCCAUAUGGGAAUGAAGGCAGUAGGAAUAUGCAGAUGAGUGCGCUGGAAGAGCAUAACAAUAGCUUGCUUCACAAAGAGGCUCUUCGUCUGCAGAUGGCCUCCAAGGAUAAGAUUGUGGUCGAUAAAACCAUCUAUGUAAAAGCUCUUAUGUCAAAAACGGCUGGAUCUAUUGUUGAAGCUGUGCUAAAAAGGGACCCUCAUGAGGUUGAGUUUAUACAAUCAGUGCAGGAAGCUGUUCAUGCUUUAGAAAGAGUAAUUGCAAAAAAUUCUCAUUAUGUCAACAUCAUGGAACGCUUAUUAGAACCUGAACGUAUGCUUGUUUUUCGAGUUCCUUGGGUGGAUGACAGGGGUGAGACACAUGUCAAUCGAGGUUUUCGGGUACAUUUUAACCAGGCACUGGGUCCAUGUAGGGGUGGUAUUCGUUUUCACCCAUCAAUGAACUUAAGUAUUGGAAAGUUUCUUGGUUUUGAACAGACAUUAAAGAAUGCCUUAUCACCAUACAGACUAGGAGGGGCUGCUGGUGGAAGUGAUUUUGAUCCCAAAGGAAAAAGUGAUAAUGAGAUUAUGCGCUUCUGCCAAAGUUUCAUGAAUGAGAUCUAUAGAUAUCUAGGUCCAGAAAAGGACCUUCCAUCAGAAGAGAUGGGUGUUGGUACUAGAGAAAUGGGGUAUCUAUUUGGACAAUAUAGACGCUUAGCAGGUCACUUUCAGGGAAAUUUUACAGGGCCAACGAUAUUUUGGUCUGGUUCUAGCCUUCGAACCGAAGCUACUGGCUAUGGGCUGGUGUUCUUUGCGCAGCUUAUGCUUGCUGACAUGAAUAAAGAGAUCAAAGGAUUAAGAUGUGCUGUAAGUGGUUCGGGAAAGAUUACAAUGCAUGUCCUAGAGAAGCUUAUUGCUUACGGCGCUCUUCCCAUCACAGUAUCAGAUUCAAAGGGGUAUUUGGUGGAUGAGGAUGGAUUUGAUUACAUGAAAAUAUCAUUUUUGAGAGAUAUCAAAGCCCAGCAGAGAAGUUUGAGAGACUACUCAAAGACUUAUGCUCGGUCUAAGUACUAUGAUGAAGCAAAACCUUGGAGUGAAAGGUGUGAUAUUGCAUUUCCUUGUGCUUACCAGAAUGAAAUUGAUCAAUGUGAUGCCGUUAAUCUGGUUAACUCAGGCUGUCGUAUCCUCAUAGAAGGUUCAAACAUGCCUUCUACUCCUGAAGCUGUUGAUAUUUUAAAAAAAGCCAAUGUUCUCAUUGCUCCUGCUAUGGCAGCUGGCGCUGGAGGCGUUGUUGCUGGGGAGCUUGAAUUAAACCAUGAGUGCAAUUUGAUAAACUGGUCACCUGAGGACUUUCAAUCUAAAUUACAGGAAGCAAUGAAACAGAUCUACCAAAGAGCCUUGAAAGCAGCAAGCGAUUUUGGCUACCAAAAGGACAGUCCUGAGGCUUUGGUGCAUGGGGCCGUCAUCUCUGCUUUUCUAACCAUUGCUCGAGCCAUGUCUGAUCAAGGAUGUGUGUAG